AUGGCGCGCGGCGAUGGUGACGCGCUGCAGCGGCUGUCCAAGGAGCAGGCAGGGCCCAGACAGGAUCGUGCGGCCACCGAGUCGCAGCAGCUACUGGACACUCUGCGAGAAGGCUAUGCCGCGCGGGGAGCUGGCUGGCUGCGCCAGGAGCUCACCAAGCGGACCGCCGUGCAGCUGCGACAGCUUGCUGGCGCCGCGGACGUGCAGCAAUACGAAGCUGGACGCAACCUGCCCAAAGCGGAGCUGCUAGAGAAGGUGGCGCAGCACAUUUCCGAGAAGCAGGAUCCUGUGGCCUCCGAGUCGCAGCAGCUGCUGGACACUCUGCGAGAAGGCUUUGCCGCACGGGGAGCUGGCUGGCUGCGCGAGGAGCUCGCCAAGCAGACCGCCGUGCAGCUGCGACAGCUUGCUGGCACUGCGGGCGUGCAGCAACGUGAAGCUGGACGCAACCUGCCCAAAGCGGAGCUGCUAGAGAAGGUGGCGCAGCACGUUUCCCAGGAGCAGGAUCCUGCGGCCACCGAGUCGCAGCAGCUGCUGGACUCUAUGCGAGAAGGCUUUGCCGCACGGGGAGCUGGCUGGCUGCGCGAGGAGCUCACCAAGCGGACCCGCGCGCAGCUGCGACAGCUUGCUGGCGCCGCGGGCCUGCAGCAAUACGAAGCUGGACGCAACGCGUCCAAAGCGGAGCUGCUAGAGAAGGUGGCGCAGCACGUUUCCCAGGAGCAGGAUCCUGCGGCCACCGAUCCUGCGACCACCGAGUCGCAGCAGCUGCUGGACUCUGUGCGAGAAGGCUUUGCCGCGCGGGGAGCUGGCUGGCUGCGCGAGGAGCUCGCCAAGCAGACCGCCGUGCAGCUGCGACAGCUUGCUGGCACCGCAGGCGUGCAGCAAUACGAAGCUGGACGCAACGCGUCCAAAGCGGAGCUGCUAGAGAAGGUGGCGCAGCACGUUUCCGAGGAGCAGGAUACUGCGGGGCGUGCCAGCGCCGACGACCGCGUUACCGCAGAUGGCUUGCGGCAGUUGGCAGCGGCGCUGGGCGACGGGGCGGCCCCGAGUCUUCGGGCCCGACUUCGUGGAGUUCCACUGCGCAAUGCUGAGCCGUGUUUACAAGGAUUGGCUAUGGAGCUGGGCGUCCCGUUCGAGAAUAUCACCAGGGACACAUUGGUUCAUAGGAUUGUCAUGGCUUUGUGCCCGCUGGCUGCUCCAGGCGCUCAAGCGGACAUCAAGUACCACGUAUGGCGAUUGCUUCGCAAGCUGCGUGAUGCCCGAGCAGAAACUGCUGAAGCUGUGGCUGCUGCUGCGCGGGACAUCGUCGAGUCCUCGAACUUGUGCAGGGCUGCGGCGGCGUACUGUUUGGAUGUCACCGUGGAGGUCAUUGCCCGCAGGCACUGCUCUGCUGCUGAAGAGGCGCGGAUACUCGUCACAAGAGUUGUCAGCGCGUUGCAGCAGUGGCCUGCAGUGGAGGCUGCGCUGGCCUCGCAGGUCGCUGUCACGUGGGAAGACGCUGUGGCUAGCUUGCAGGUCGUGGCGACUCCUGGCCUGUGUGUUCCUUUGCAGCACGCGCUGCUGGCUGCCGUUUUGGACGCUCGCGGCUGGUGGCGGCUGGCAGACUGCCAGGAGAGGGCAGACCCUGUCGACGUGGCCUCGCGUCUUUGCUUUCUGGCCGAGUUGGACGAAGAGCCGCCUGCUGCUGACACCGACGGCUACGAAGAUCGCAAGGAUGUUUUGGAGGCGGUCCUGUGCAUGCUGAAGCACAAGUACCGGUCCCGCAAGUUCGACGAAGGCGACACUGCGCUGCUGCGGGCUCUGAUGCGCCGGUAUGGUUGGGACCGACGCUCGGAGCAGGGAGGAACUUGCAGAUGGUCCCAGACCUUCAAAGACGUGCGGAAGUCGGAAGAUUGGUCAGCGUUUGCCUGGUUCUUGGCGGUGGAGCUACUACAUCCUCUGGCUAGCAUUGGCGUUCGUGACCUGCACAGCCCCAUUGCGGUCGCCGAGGCAAGGGGCGGCGAGGACGGCAUCGACGCUGACGUGCGUCAGCUGCGGGAUGACCUGAUAGCUUGGCAAGUGGUCGAGGGCUGCUCCCGCAUCCCGUCCUCGGAGGAGCAUCCGCAGCUGGCCAAGCGUGUUGAGAGGCACCAGACGAGCGGUGCCAGCGCCCGCCUCAAGGCCUUGAAGAAAGCCUAUCCGCCGGACUUUGCUCCGCUGGCAGCUUUUGCCCUGGAUUGCCUCGCGGAGGGCGCAGACUCGCAAGCAGGCGUUCUUUGGCGCUCCGCAGCGGAGCGGGCAUUGGUCUUCGGCAUCCCGCCUGAGAAAGUGGAAGUGGCGCUGCACGCAGCUUGGCUUGUCAGCGUUCUGGGGGAUCCUGUCUACACUCCGUGCAAGCACUGCGGCACCAAGAUUGACGGGCUGACGAGGAAGUGCAAGCGAGCCGACUCCAACAACUGCCAGACGGAGGCCUCGGACGCGCCUCGCGUGCUUGCGACGGUGCACAUUGCGGAGCUCGCGGUCUUGGCCCGCGUUGACGGCGAAGCUGCGCUGGCUCGAGCGAUUCAAGACAAAGGCGCGCACGUGCUGUGCUUCAAGGGGCCUUUCGAUCUCCGUCUGGGCACCUCGCCUCGACUGGCCACGAGCCGCGGCGCCGCGCCCUCGGCGUCGCAGGUGUUCGCGAACUACGUGACGCUUCUCGCAGUCGCCGAGGACGACCCUGCCAUUGACGAGAUUGACGUGGCCGGGGACAGACACCUGGUCACGAAGCACGAGAAGGUGCACCCCUACCCGCGCAAGGAUGGAGACGCUGCAUUCGCCAUCGAGGCUUUCUGCCACUUCAAGAGCUGCCAUCUGUUCAACAUGGCGGACGGGAGUCCGCGCUUCUUGGUCGGCCGCGUGCUGAAGAACGAGAACACGGGCGGCAUCACCUUGCACGUGGAGUGGAUGUCGCGGGUGAGUCAGGACCAACUUCUCCACUUGCAGGAGGAGCGCGACAUGGUGUGGUGCCUGCUCGGGCUGGAGCCUCAGCUGCAGGACAACAAGCGCCCGGCCAGCAGCCUCGUCGAUGAGACUCAUGAAAGUGAAGUGCUCGACGUGGUCGAACGCCUAGCGGGCGCAAGCCACUGUCUUGGCCUACGGCUUUGGUCUUGGACGACGGCCAGUGGCUUUGUUUUGACGCGCUCUGUUCUCUCCUGGCCCGGUGCGACGCAGUGGCCGCUGUCUUGCGAAAGCUGCGCGAGCACCGGGCUAGGAGAGCGCCAGCAUGAGGCAGAGGAUGUCGCGGAGGCGGAUAUGGCUUGGAUUCGAGCUGCCCAGCUUGAGAUAUCGGAAAGGUACGCGCGAGGGCCUUGGACUGCUGUGGAUUACGCAGUCUGGUUUUUUUGCUACGACCUGGGCAGCAUCGCCGACUGGCCCGUGGACGCCGUCGUGGUCCAGACCGCUCACCGACAGAAGUGCUUGCUGGGCAGCCUACGCUCCGCGGCUGACCUGCGAGCGGCAGAAGCCCUCACGGGCACGCGGGCUUCGGUUGUUGUCAGCGUGUGCUGGGAGGCGGAAAUGAGAGUGAGAGGAGCUCCGCGAGACUGGGGCGCGCACUUUCAGGCAGUGGCUGCCCUGCUGGAGGCUCGCCCAGCUCUUUGCCCGUGGCAAAGUCGAGACUACGUGCUGCUUGCGCUCAACCGCUUGCGAGCGCAAAAG